GCUCCGAAAGCCCGAACCCAAGGUGUGCGGGGGACUCCUGGGCACAGGUUCGCGGCGGGGACGGGGACAGGGACAGGGACAGGAGCGGAGCCGGAGCCGGAGCGGGAGCCGCAGCGGGGACAGGAGGGAGCCCGAGCCGAGGCAGCCGCAGCCGCAGCAGCAGCAGCCCGAGCCGGGAGGGACAGGCGCAGGCGACGCUGCCCGGGAUGGAGGGUUAAGUCCCGGAGCCGGAGCAGAGUGGAGCCGCGCGGGGGGCCCCGGCGGGCAGGCAGGCGAAGCGAGCCCUCACCCUGUCCCAUCCCGUCCCGGCCCCGCACCCAGCCUGACCUCCCCCCGCCCCCCCCUACCCCGGGGGAUUCGCCUGCGCUCGCUCUCUUUCCCUGGCGCUGCGAGGGAGCCCGUGAAUGUCAUUGAGGGCGGAGGGGAGAGUCAGCCGGUGAGCAGCCUCCCAGGCACUGUUGCCCGAGGAGGGGCAGGAGGAGGACCAGGACCGGGACCCGAGGGGGUGCCGAGCCGCCCGCCCGGCCCUGCGCGACAAAGGAGACCCCCGCAUCCCCACCCCCAGCAGCGCGCCACCCCCUUCGCCAAUGUCCUCGGCCAUCGAGAGGAAGAGCCUGGACCCGUCCGAGGAACCAGUGGACGAGGUGCUGCAGAUCCCACCAUCUCUGCUGACAUGUGGUGGCUGCCAGCAAAACAUAGGGGACCGGUACUUCUUAAAGGCCAUCGAUCAGUACUGGCAUGAGGACUGCCUCAGCUGUGACCUAUGUGGGUGCCGUCUGGGGGAAGUGGGGCGUCGUUUGUACUACAAGCUGGGCCGAAAGCUCUGCAGGAGAGACUACCUCAGGCUUUUUGGCCAAGAUGGCCUCUGUGCUUCCUGUGACAAGCGGAUCCGGGCCUAUGAGAUGACCAUGCGUGUGAAGGAGAAAGUGUACCACCUGGAAUGUUUCAAAUGUGCCGCCUGUCAGAAGCACUUCUGUGUGGGUGACAGGUAUCUCCUCAUCAACUCAGACAUAGUAUGUGAACAGGACAUCUAUGAAUGGACUAAAAUCAAUGGGAUGAUCUAGGCCAGAGGCCAGAGUCUCUGGCCAGUGUUUUGCUGAUGACACAAACCAAUAGUCUCAAUAGGGAGGGCAUGGGGAGGGAGGGGGGGGCCGCUGAGCUAUGCACUCUGGGGAAGAGGGGUGGGUGGGGUAAUUUCUUUAGGGAUGGAACCAUAGGCCCUUAUCAGGCAGUCCAGCAUAGCAUCAGAGUGAGCUGCACAGGAGCAAGGAAAGCAGAUUUAAACAUGACAAAUAUGCUGACUCUUAGAGAGAAUUUCUAGCAGAAGGCUAUCGGUAAUAACUGACAUUAUUAGCUGAGGUGUGGGGUGGUUGGGUGGGGGGCAAAUAAUGAUGGGCUAAUGGGAUCUCAUACCUGCAGAUAGUGAGUUAUCCUUCUCAAAAGUUGUCCUGACUUUGACAUUUGCAAAUGAGAAAAGUGCAAUUGGUUGAUUUUGUUCCUUCCCUGGGGCAUUUCCAGUAACCCUGUUUCUAGAUCAAUGUGCUCCACGCAGGGAGAGGACAGAAAAAGAGAGAGUGACCAUCCCUUUUCUUGGCCAUUUUCCCAAGGCCUUAGGCUUUGGACGUAUGGGAAACACGUUUGCAUGGGGACACGUUUCAGUUUUAAUCACCACACUUCCCUAAAAAUAGAUAAAAUGCUGGUGAACCACUGUUUUUAGACACCUCUGUUCAAGGUGAAGGAUUUCACAGAUUGUUUCUAUACAAAUGUAAAUCUAAGCAGAGUUGUUCAACUAUUUUAUUAUCUUAGAUUAUAUCAAUAAAGUAUUUGUUGUGUGUAGUAAAACCCUGCAGAUUUAAUAAAAAUGACAGACUGA